AUGGUUAAAAUAGGAGGAAUACUUCUUUGUAUGUUGGUUGUGGCUAUGGAUAUAGCAGCUGGGAUUCUUGGCAUCCAAGCAGAAAUUGAACAAAACAAGGUUAAGCACCUGAGGCUUUGGAUAUUUGAGUGUAAAGAACCAAGCCAGGAUGCCUUCAAGCUCGGGUUAGCUGCAGCAGGAAUUCUAGGAAUAGCUCAUGUCAUUGCUAACUUGCUAGGUGGGUGCAUGUGUAUCUGUUCUCAAGAAGAGCUUCAAAGAGCUUCCCCUAAUAGACAACUGGCUGUGGCAUGCUUCCUUUUUUCUUGGAUCAUAUUUGCUAUUGGAUUAUCCAUGCUAGUGAUUGGCACUUUGUCAAACAACAAGUCAAGAGCCUCUUGUGGUUUCACACAUCAUCAUUUCUUUUCUAUUGGAGGCAUUUUGUGCUUUGUCCAUGGGCUAUUCUGUGUUGCAUAUUACGUUUCUGCCACUGCUGUUUUUAGUGAAGAAAAGCAUGGAGUCAAUCUUGAUAAUCCUAGAUUGGCUUCUGGGAUGACAUCUCAAAACCCAAUUGAAAGCUCAAGAACAGUGAGGUUGGGGUCUAGAGGGGGUGAUUCAGAGAUGUUUAGUGCAUCCCAGAAAGAAAUUAGUGAUGAAGAUGAUAGUUGUUUAGUGCAUCCUAGAGGUAUUGCCUACCACCUAUUUGAUGAAAUGCAUCUAGGAAGUUGGCUUCUAAGUUGGCUUCAAGGUUUCCCUUGGAAGGAGGAGGACAAAAUAACAAAGGGGAAGAUAUGGACAACAAAAGGAGAAGAUCCGGAGGUAGCCAAGAAGGAUUUAAUUGACUACCUCAAGUUGUUAGAAGAAGAGCUUGGAGACAAGCCUUCUUUUGGGAGUGAGACCAUUGGCUACGUUGAUGUAGCAUUUGCUCCUUUCUUAUUGUUGGUUUUAUGCUUAUGA